UCAAUCGCUGUAGCUCUGUAGCUGUUUUUGCUGAAACCUCAAUCGCUGUAGCUCUGUAGCUGUUUUUGCUGAAACCUCAAUCGCUCAAUCGACCACAGUGACAGGGCGAUGUAUCGGUGUCCGGCACCACGGAGAGUUCUGGCGAAGACUCUUGGAGCUUCGCGGCGACAUGUGGCCGCGGUGCCAAUGUUUUUGAACGGCAAGAAGGUUCAGUCUGAAAGCAACACCUUCUAUGAUGUGCACAAUCCCGCCACUGGUGAAGUGAUUGCCCGGACGCCGCAGUGUACGCCAAGCGAGUUGGCGGCGGCCGCCGACAGUUGCGCCGAAGCAUUCAAGAGCUGGCGAACCACGCCGGUGUCCACCAGGGCGAGGGUGAUGCAUAAGCUCGAAGGUGCAAUCAGAGACAACACCGAUGCAGUAGCAAAGGUUUUGACCCAGGAGCAAGGAAAGACCAUCGCCGAUGCCAAGGGUGACGUCUUUCGAGGCCUGGAAGUCGUAGAGAUGUCCUGUAACAUCCCAGCCAUGAUCCAAGGAGAAACUUUGCCCAACGUUGCGAAUAGCGUGGACGUGCACAGCUACCGAAUUCCGCUGGGUGUAUGCGCUGGCAUCGCCCCCUUCAACUUUCCUGCGAUGAUUCCGCUGUGGAUGUUCCCACCAGCCACAACGGCUGGAAAUACUUUCCUGAUGAAACCUUCAGAGAGAGUUCCCUUGUCUGCCAUGAUGCUGGCGGAAAUGGCGAGCGAUUGUGGACUGCCUCCCGGUGUGCUGAAUGUGGUGCACGGUGGCCACGACACGGUGAACUUCCUCUGUGAUAACGAACAUGUGAAAGCCGUUUCCUUCGUGGGUGGCAAUGCAGCCGGCAAGCACAUCUACGAGCGCGCAGGACAGAAUGGGAAGCGUGCACAGUGCAAUCUUGGUGCCAAGAAUCAUGCCAUCGUCUUACCAGAUGCAGAUCCAGAAAGCGUGGUGAAUCAACUGGUAGGUGCAUCUUGUGGUGCUGCAGGUCAAAGAUGUAUGGCCAUUAGUGUAGCUGUCUUCGUGGGAGCAUCCAAAGAGUGGAUCCCGAAGAUUGCGGAGGCUGCUGGGAAGCUUCGCGUCGGUCCUGGCAAUGCCUCCGAGACGGACGUGGGGCCUCUGAUCUCCAAGCAGGCGCAGCAGCGCGUCGAGCAGUUGAUCGGCUCCGGUGUUGAUGAAGGCGCCAGGCUCUUGCUGGAUGGCCGAAAACCAUCCGUCCCAGAUGCCAACCAAGAGGGUUACUUCGUUGGUCCUACAAUCUUUGCCGAAGUCAAACGUGGCAUGCAGAUCUAUGACAAUGAGAUUUUUGGGCCGGUCUUGGCAUGCGUGGAAGCGGAUUCUUUUGAUGAAGCGAUCAAAUUUGUCAACGAGAACCCGUUUGGCAACGGCACAGCAGUGUUCACCCGUAGCGGCGCUGCAGCACGGAAAUUCAUCGAUGAGAUUGAAGCAGGGCAGGUGGGUGUGAACGUACCAAUCCCAGUGCCUUUGCCCAUGUUCUCCUUCACUGGCAACAAGAAGUCCAUCUUGGGAGACCUGAAUUUCUACGGAAAGGCCGGAGUGAACUUUUACACCCAGCUGAAGACCGUGACCAGCGCAUGGCGCGACGAUGGUUACAUCGAGAAGCUCAGCACAGCUGGAGUGGGUGCAGACUGAGAAUCAAACAGUGAGUAUCUACACCGAUCAUCGAUUUUCGUUGGUUUUGCGCUUGCGUUUAAAGGAUGAGUGCCAGACCUGCGAGUGAAAAUGAUCUGGGAAUGGCGACCAAAUACAACGGAAUACAAC